UAUUCUAUGAGCGUUUGACUUCAAAGUCCGGUGUGAUGUCGAUGUUCGCAGUUGACCCCUGCACGAAACAAACCUGUGCUCAUGACUCCAGCCUCGCUGCUGCUUUCUCCAUGAGGAAGGCAAAUUCACUUUCAAUGGAAGCGCGACAAGAGCGAGCCGCGCGUCGAUGGGGGAGCGCCAUGACGCAAGAGUUCGACGAAGAUGUCGUGUUUGAGAACUCGCCGCUUUUCCGCUACCUGCACGACUUGGGACGCACGGACUUCGAGGCCUGUCCGACGGCGGCGCGGGAUGAAGACGGCGACCUGGACAGACCCCAGAAAGCGGAGGCUGGGGUCACGCGGACACUGGCUGAAGCCUUGUGGCGAUGGAGCCCACUCCAGAAAGCGCACACACUGGAGCAGCAGCGGCUGGACGGCGUGCUGGGCGAGUACUCCGUGCGCUGCAUCCUGGAUCAGGACGUGCUGCUGCAGGAGGACGUGGAGCUGAUCGAGCUGUUGGACCCCAGCCUGCUGACGCUUCCCUCGGCGCCCGAUCGCGCCGGCGCCCUUCCCCGACCCGGCCUCUUCGCCGCACCCUCAUCAUGGGACUUGGCCGGUCUGGCGGGCCUGGCCGCGGUUCUGCUGGGUCUGUGCUCGGCGUCCGGAGGCACGUGGUCGCUGGCGGCCGCCCCCUGGGGCCUGGCCACGCUGGCGUGGGCGGCCGUGCGGGCGGCGGCGCUGCGGCGUCGGGGCGGUGCCCAGCGGGACGUCCACGCCCGGGCCUCGCAGCUGCGCACGCUGAUCCACGCCAGCAAGACGCUGACGGGGAUGUCGCGCAAGGCUCUGCGCCUGGUGCAGGAGACGGAGGUCAUCUCCCGAGGCUUCACCCUGGUGAGUACGGCCGGCACCUUUAGCAGGGCGGGGCCGGGGGCGCCGCCCCGAGGCCGGCAGCUGAUGGGACUGCGCAAGACCUUGUACCGGGCCCUCCGCUCGGCCUUCAGAGCCUCGCGAAGGGCCACCUGUCACAUGCUCAAGGAAUAUCCUCUUACCUCGGAGGUGGACAACGUGACCAACUACGUUUCGGCGGUGCCUCUGAAGGAGCUGGGCCUGGGCCUGGGCAUCGAACACCUGGGCGACGAGCAGGCCCAAGAGCUGACCGACGACUACAGCCUGCCCGCCCUCAAGAUGUUGUUCCAACUGUGGGUGGGGCAAAGCUCAGAGUGCUUCCGCCGAUUAGCCCUCCUAAUGUCGCCGCGCCGACUCGAGGAGGAACUGAAGGAAGGCGGCGGUCCCAAAGAAGAUUCCUCCACGCCUCCUCUUCCCGCACUGCACCGCUCUAUCGCCGCCGUGACCGAGCCUCUCCACCGCGCGCUGGCCGCCUGCCUCGAGGAGGUGCGGCGAAGCUACGACUUUCACCGCCACUUCGAGACGCAGGCCAGGACGUCGGGUUCCGACCGCGGCGCUCGGGUCCGAGAGAAGUGCCGAGAGCUGAACACUCUUCACGCUUCCAUCCGAAGCCUGCAGCUCCACCUCAAGGCCCUGCUGAGCGAGAUGAUUAUCCUGGAGGACGACCUGGAGAAACUGAUGGUGUCCGAGGAGCCCAGCGAGCUGACUCCGGAUAGCUACCGGGACCUGAGCGAGAGGCUGAAUCGGCUCCAGCCGCACAUGCGGGCCAGCGCCGGAUGCUGGGACGACACGGUCGGACAGGCGGAGCGCAUGCUGAGGCGGGCCAACGACUGUGCAGGUAACGCUGAGGGUCCCGACCAGUGUGGGAUCCCUGUGUCCGAGAUGCCUGAACCUCCUCCCUCCUAUCCUUUGAUACUGGACAGAGAUCCUGUUCCAGAAGAGCUGGAGUUCGAGGCCUACGUGUCGGAGUCGGACUCGGACUCGGGCGGCGAGGGCAAGGACUCGUGUUGCGACAUGUCGACUCCGGAGGAGCGGGAGCGUCAGGGUCGCGAGCGGGAGGAGUCCCGCCGCGUCCUGUCCGAGCUCAAGGCGGUGCUGGGAUUCCGUGCGUCCGAGGGCGAGAGGAUGAAGAGGAAGCAGAUGCUCUUCAGCGAACAAGCUGCUUCCAUUUGCUGUUGCGACGCUCCGUCAGCCGCUUCCACAGCCUCAGCAGAAAGAGGCGACGACGGAGGAAAUGACCGAUCAGAAUCUGCUGCAGGAAACGAACGGGCAGCGCAGGAAGGAAAGGACGAGCGGGUGAGGCCUGACCCCUCCGAGUUCAGCUGCGGUUCGGAGGCGGAAGAAGAGGCGGCGGGAACGUCCGUGUGUGCCCGAGGGGGAGGCGGAGCAUCCGAGUUGCACCAGUACGAAGGCGAGGAGGGUGACGAGGAGGAACGGAACGGCUUGGACUGCCGCCUCAAGCCCAGAGUUCCCGCUUUCUCCAUCAUGGACAGACUGACGGAGAUCCACGGCUCGGAGACCCUCAGCUUCAGCUCGUCCGUGGCGGCGCAGGUGGCGGCGCGAUCGCACUCGCUAGUCAAGAUGGAGGAGCAGAUGUUUGGAGAUGAAGAGGAUGAGGGGGAGGAAGAGGAGCAAUGAUUUCUUGAGAUUGCGGAGAUGUUUCACUUUAAUGUUCUGUAUUGCUCAGGAACAAGAACAAGAACCACUCAAGCCUGUGAGGACUCCCCUCACUGCAACACUAAAUGAUUACUUGUGAAACAGUUCUAUUCUACACUGGGAUGGGGAAAGAACUCUGUGGAAUGCCACAAAUAAAUGUCAUCAGGCCAUUCUAGGAUUAAAGAACAUGUUGUAGGUUUUAGUAUUUUGUUCUUGGAGUGUUCUGGUCAGGUUCUGUGAUGCAAAGCUUGACCUUCUCGUGCACAGGAAGAGGAAGUGUGGAUGCUAUUUUUACCAUCAGCGUUUUAUUUCAGGAGGGCAGCCUGCUCAUGCAUUGUGAUGUCACCAAUGUACAUGUGUAUUUACAAGGAUGCUUCCUCCGACUGCUUGGAUCGCUUGCUCGGAAAUGAACAACAAAAAUGAGUAAGGGACAAUCACUGCUGAGACAGCCUUUCCUCGUCUUCGCCCUGCCCUGCCUUGCGGGUGAGGGCUACACCCCUUGUGCUUUUUACAAAUGUGAAAUAAAAUACGCUUCAAUAAAA